GGCUUCUUUUAGUUCAGGACACUGAGGCCGAAACUCCUGUCCCCCGUUACACGACAGAGGAGGUAUCCUGCGCCCAAGCUGCAGGGGCCCGGCAAACCCCCUCUGGGUGGUGGAAACUACCCGGGGGAGAAAUAUUCGUACCCCGUCCGGUGCUCCAGGAGAUUCUUCAAUCCCUGCAUAAAGAGGGACAUUUAGGAUCGGGAGCGAUGGUUGAUUUGGCUGCCCGAUCCCUUAGAGCAGUGGGUAUGCAUACAGAAGCCCAGAGAAUUGUCAAUAAUUGCUCUGUUUGUCAGCGCACUAACCAGAAGGGAUCUGGCCCCCCUGUUCCACUGGGAGGCCGACCCUGGGCUGCCUACCCCUUUCAAAGGUGGCAAGUGGAUUUCGCUGAAGUACCCCCUUGCCGAGGCUACAAAUACUUGCUUGUUUUUGUUGACCAGCUUACCGGGUGGGUGGAGUGUUUCCCUACCCGACACUGUCAGGCUCGAGCAGUUACUAAGGCCCUGCUACAUGAAAUACUUCCCAGAUACCACCUCCCUGAAGUAAUUGAGUCAGAUCGGGGAAGUCACUUCAUCUCCCAAGUGGUCCAACAGGUAGCGCAGGCCCUUGGUAUCCAGUGGAAGCUGCAUACUCCUUGGAGGCCACAAAGCUCAGGCCAGGUGGAAAGAAUGAAUAGGACUCUCAAAGAUACUUUAACAAAGCUCUGUAUAGAGUCUGGUUUAAAGUGGCCUGAUGCCUUGCCGCUUGCGCUCACUCGCAUUCGAAGGGCCCCCCGUAAGGGUCUGAGACUCUCACCCUUUGAGUUGGUUUUCGGGUUCCCUCCCCGAGUACUCAUCCCCGGGUUCCGGGAAAAUGUAAGCUGGGAGGUAGGGAAUGACUCUUUGUGGAAACAGGUCUCUGCGCUGCAAUCUGUCUUGUUUCAGCUACACCGGUACGCAGCACCCUUCCAGGCCCUUCCCUUGGAUCGACCCGUGCAUUCGUUCCAGAUCGGUGACCGGGUCUUUAUCAAGAAGUGGAAGCGUGAUCCUCUCACAGCACGGUGGGAAGGCCCGCAUACUGUUUCGCUCAUCAGCCAAGCUGCCGUCAAGAUUCUUGGAAGCGACAAAUGGACGCACUGCACGCGAGUUAAACGCUUUGUUAGCUCGGAUCCAGAGGACGCCUCAACCGAAGAGGACAACGGCCCUCUGCUCCCCCCGGCUCCGGACGCCCGGGGUGACACAGGUGAAGACUCUAACUGGGAGUAUCACGGACUGGAGGGCUUAAAGGGACUCUUUAAAAGACGGAAACAAUGA